AUGGACCAACUUCAAGAAAGUGUGCAAUUCUUCACAGACGAUAGCAACAGCGAUGAGGAGGAGGAGUUCAUUGUUAUCCCCACUCAGCAGGCAAAGAGCCAAGGCAAUAUCCCAGAUAUCUUCCGGCUUCCCACUUUGCAUGGCGUUGAUCUUUUCGAAAUCACGAUUGAUGAACUUCAACAUCACUUCUCAUCCAGAUCACUCACUUCUUGGGAAUACACUCGGCUAUGUCUAAACCGGAUUCAGAAAAUCAAUCCUUACCUUGAAUGUGUCAUUGAGACGAACCCAGAUGCACUCGACCAUGCGAGGAUGCUGGAUGAGGAGCGCCUUAACGGCCGCGUCAAAGGCCCAUUGCAUGGCGUUCCACUUCUGGUCAAAGAUAACAUGGCAACGGCGGAUAACAUGCAGACAACAGCAGGAUCAUGGGCUCUCCUCGGUUGCAUUGUUCCUAAGGAUGCUCAUAUCGUCAAGCUGCUUCGCAAGGCCGGUGCCAUCAUCCUUGGGAAAACCAACCUUGACGAAUGGGCAGGGAUGAGAGGUAGCGUUUACUCAUUAGGUUAUUCCGCCCGAGGAGGACAGUGUCGCAACCCAUAUUUUCUCAACAGAUCCCCGAACGGGAGCAGCUCUGGAAGCGCUGUAUCAGUAUCUGCAAACAUCGUUCCCCUUGCAUUUGGGACUGAGACCGACUGUAGCGUUAUCAGUCCAGGCAUGGUUAAUGGCGUGGUAGCCAUUAAACCAACAGUUGGUCUCACCUCACGAACGGGUGUCAUCCCAAUUUCGGAAACCCAAGACUCAGUUGGUGUCUAUGGUCGAUGUGUCGCAGAUGCUGCCCGAGCUCUAGACGUUGUGGCCGGGGAGGACUCUGAAGAUAAGUUCUCAAAACAGCCAGAUCGACGACAACCGGAAAGCUACCAUGAUUGUUUGGCAACUCAGACAGCUCUCAAAGGCGCAAGAUUUGGCCUUCCAAUGAAACGAUUCUGGGAAGUGGCUCCUACCCCUCAACGAAAGGUUGCGGAGAAAGUCUUGCAUCUGAUGGAAGCUGCUGGCGCUACGAUUAUCCCAGUUGACAUGCCGUGUGCAGAGGAAAGGCUGAGGGCAGAUGGAGUUUGGGACUGGGAACUAUAUGGUGAGACUCGCCCGGAGAUUUCAGAGAUUACCGUCAGCAAGGUGCAGACAUACUAUUUGAUGAACGAAUAUCUUGGCAAGCUGCGCAAUACUCCAAUCAAAACGCUUGAAGAUAUUGUUCGCUUCAAUGACGAAAAUCGUGGAUCAGAGGGUGGUGGCUCUGGUGAUCUCCCUGCAUGGCCCGAUGGACAGCGAUUAUUUCGCAAAUGUGUCGAGACGAAAGGUAUCAAAGACCAGACAUACUACGCAGCCUUGCACCAUAUUCAAAGACAAUGUCGCGAAAAUGGCAUCGAUGCCGCUCUCCGGGAUCGGUCGACCGAGAAGUCUUCAGCAAAACGUCAGUGGGACCGUGAAGAGCGACUGUUCGAUGCUUUGUUGUUCUGUGAUGUGAAAGCUGGUGGUAUACAAAUUGCAGCACAGGCGGGCUAUCCAGUCCUUUCUAUUCCUAUCGGCCUAGAUCCUGAAGGCAUGCCUGUUCCCUUAACGCUCCAGCACUCCGCGUGGCAAGAAGACAAACUGGUAAAAUGGGCAAGUGCAAUCGAAGACCUCAUCAAGUCUCACAAGUCAGAGGAGUCAACACUCUCGAGUUCGAGCUCCGGCAGAAUACCUCCUUCUUAUAGGAACCAUCUGCGGAAGAAUAUCCCUGUGGAGCCCGAGUAUAAUUGGCCGGGCCGCCGUUGA